UUUCUUUUCUCUUUCCUUUUUAUAAUAAUAAUAAUAAUAAUGUCACAAUCUACUCCACCACCACCUCCUCCUCCACAAGGUGUACCAUUACAAGGAAUGUCACCACAAAAUAUAUCUUCCCAAGGUGUACCUCCACGUGGAAUGCCACCUAAUCCUUAUGGAGGUCCUCCACCACCUGGUUUUAUGAGACCUCCACCUCCUGCUGGAUUCCCUUCAAACGGUACUCCUCCUCCUCCUCCUCCAUCUGGUGGUUUCAUGGGUCGACCACCGCUUCCUACUCCUGUUCCUGGUGUUGGUAUCAGAGGUGUUCCUGCUGGUUUACCUGUAUCAAAACAAGUAUUAAAUACAACUCCCAGUAGAACUAUCUAUGUCAGUAAUUUGAACGAAAAAGUCAAGAUUGAUGUCCUUAAAAACACGUUACGCAAUUUAUUCCAACAGUUUGGUGAAGUUCUUGAUGUAGUUGCCCAUGGAAAUAUCCGAAUGCGAGGUCAAGCUUUCAUCGCUUAUCCUACUGAAGAAUGUGGUGAAAAUGCGAUCAAGGAAUUACAACACUUUUCUUUGUAUGGAAAACCAAUGGUCGUUCAAUUUGCUCGAAACAAAUCUGAUGUUCACGCUCGAAAGGAUGGGGAUUACGAAGAACAUUAUAAAGCACGAAUUGAAAAGAAAGAACAAGUCAAAUUAUUACCUCUACCAGGAUCACACAAACCCACGUUCAAGGCACCAGGAACUCGAAGCAAGACUGCAAAAGCAGGAGCACCUCAACGAAAUGCCAUUCCUGACGACUAUUUACCACCCAAUAGCAUUCUAUUCUUACAAAACUUACCAGAAACAACAACUCAAGAAUAUCUUGUGGAACUAUUCGAAACUUAUCCUGGAUUUAAGGAAGUACGUAUGAUCCCAACCAAGAAAUCCAUUGCUUUUGUGGAAUAUGAAACCGACUAUCAAGCCUCUCUUGCGAAAAUGGAAUUGGCCAACCAUCGUAUUGAUGAUGAUCAUCUCAUGAAAGUUACCUUUGCAAGGAAAUAGAUAUAGAUCAUUUUCUUUAUCAUCAUCUUAUUCAUAUUGUUUUAAUCAUGAUCCUCCCUUGUUUAUAUAUAUACAUAUAUAUUUGUUAUUAUGAACAUUGCACUUCCGUUCAGUGUAAUAUAGUCUCCUCAUUUUUAUUAUUUGAAUAAAAAUCGUAUAUUUUCUAAUAUUUAA